AUGUCGGGGAAUCCAUCAGAAAACACGCGGCGACGAGAAAAUCUUUGGAAGAAUCGCGACGAUGAGAAAUUCACCGAAAAAUGCGAUGGUGAAAAAAAUACAAUAAAAAAUUCACCGGAAGAUGUGCAAGUGCGAGAUGGAAACAAGCGGCGAUCCGAAAAGAAGAAGAGGAAGAAAAAAAUUGAUAGGGAGAAAAGCGAAAAAAAAGAGAAAUUUGAUAGGGAAGAGAGAACUAGAGAGAGAGAGAAUUCAGGGAAGACGCAAUUUCGGGGACGUCUCCCCCUUUCUGGGGAGACGUUCCCUCGCCCCUAUGGGGAGACGUUUUCUGAAAACGUCUCCUCAGAGGAAAGACGCAAACAGGGGACGUCCCCGAGAAAAAAUUUCAAAAAAAACUAA